AUGACCCUCAGCAGGAAGUACGCGGGGUUGCCAGAUCUGGACUCUGCACCAGAUAUCUACGAAACUCCUGAAUUGACCGACGACAACUCCACCGCUCCAACGGGCAGAGCACAUUCCGAAUCUACUUCAUCCUCCUAUAAAGAUUUCGACGAAGAGGAGGACGACACCCCUGGAAUUUCCCGUUCACGUCUACACCCUGAUGAAGCACGCUCCCAUUUCUCGCCCGCGCGGGUUGAUGCUCGCGAUGUAGACUUUUCCGAUCGGGUCACUGCUAAGCGGAAAUCAUACAAAGCUUCCUCGAGACGACAGAAACUCCGCGAGGAUGGCACAGUUACAGAGGAGUAUGGCGAUUUUAGUGAUGAGGAGGACGGAGAGAGUCUGGAACGCAAGGUUGCACGACUAAAGAGGGAAAUCGAGGAGGUGAAAGAGGAGUUUGGACGGAGACAAGCCGAGAAGAAGGACACAACCACUGAGGAUGGCAAGGAUCUUGAACCAGAUGUUACAUCUCUCACCAAAAUGCUCAAUGGCAUAUCUACGAAUGAUGGAGGAGCUCGUGUGAGCGCUAGCGCCAAGCUUGCUAAGGAUCUUGGAACUGGUAUUAAAGCAAAUGGACCACCACAUACUUCUCAAGGCACUGGCGAACCUGCCACCUAUACCGUUACAUACGCUCCGACAUACCAACAAAGUCACGCUUUAGCCAAAGCAGCUGACUUUGAUGGACGGCUAGCGCUCUUGGAAAAGGCUCUGGGUCUCGACCCCAUAGCUUUAAACUCGAAUGGAACCCCAAAGGCAAUUCUACCCACACUCGACACCCUUCAACGACAGGUGUCACUUAUCUCCGAAUCUACGCCCUCAUCUCUAGACAAUAUCAGCCGAAGAGUUCGGACACUAACCCAGGAGGCUGAGAAGCUACAAGAAUCUCGGAAAGCAGCCAAAUCUGCUCAAGAUGCCUUACGAGAGGGAGGCGGAGACUUGGCUCCGGAAGGAGAGGAGGAUGCCGAGCAAACAGCCAAGAUCCAUGCCUUAUAUGGUACACUCCCAACUAUUGAGAGCUUGGCACCACUUUUACCACCUUUGUUAGAUAGAUUGCGCUCCUUACGAGCUAUCCAUGCCGAUGCCGCUACAGCUAGUGAAAGCUUGGAUGCCGCUGAGAAGAAACAAAUGGGAAUGGCUGAGGAGAUUAGCCAAUGGAAAGAGGGAUUAGAGAAAAUGGAGAUUGCUCUGAAGCAGAAUGAGACUGCUCUAGGCGGAAACAUGAAGGUUGUGGAAGGCUGGGUGAAGGGCCUAGAACAAAAGAUGGAAGAGCUGUAUGGUGCUUGA